CAGAUUGCAACGAUGUUUCGCUUAUGCAUGGUGAUGUCACAGGACAAUACAAUCUGAAGAUAGGUGACGGAAUUGUUCCUGUACGGUGCGAUAUGGAUACAGAUGGGGGAAGAUGGAUUGUUAUUCAACGUAGACUGGAUGGCUCUGUCAGUUUCUACCGUGACUGGAGUGAUUAUAAGGUCGGGUUCGGUAGCCCUAGUGGGGAAUUCUGGUUAGGGCUAGACAACAUCCAUACUCUCACAUCUCAGGGUGAAUACGUCCUACGAAUAGAUAUGGAAUACAACUCCCAAGUCUAUUAUGCAAUGUAUUCAGAUUUUACAAUAUCAUCUGAGUCUGACUAUUACCGUAUGAAUUACGCCAACUUUCUAGAAGGAAAUACAGGUAACGCUCUGAGCUGGCAUAAAGGACAACCAUUUACAACACGUGAUCGAGAUAACGACGGUAAUAGCGGAAGCUAUGGCAACCCGAACUGCGCAAUCGCAUUCUACGGGGCUUGGUGGUACGCUGGGUGUCACAACUCAAAUCUUAACGGGCAUUAUGGGAACACAUCCUUCGGUAAAGGCAUUAACUGGAAUCACAUAACUGGUUACUACUCAUCGCUGUCCAGAGUGGAAAUGAAAAUCAAGAAGCAACAAGGGCCAUGA